AUGGCUGAAUGGAGCCCUAGUUCUUGGACACAAAAGCCUAUCAAGCAAGAUGUCAUCUAUGAAGACCUUGAUGGCUUGAAAGACUCGCUGCAGAAGCUCCAGAAGCUUCCUCCCCUUGUGACCACGCAAGAAAUCAACAAUCUCAAGAAAAACCUACGCAAUGUCGCAUUGGGCAAAGCUUUCGUCCUGCAAGGUGGUGACUGCGCGGAACUCUUCGAUUACUGCAACCAAGAAAUGAUCGAAGCCAAGGUCAAGCUCUUGCUGCAAAUGAGCUUGGUUCUCAUCUGGGGUGCCAAUAAGCCCGUCAUCCGUAUUGCUCGGAUUGCAGGCCAAUUUGCCAAGCCACGCUCAAGUCCCACAGAAAUUGUCAAUGGAGUGGAAAUGCCCUCUUUCCGUGGCGACAACAUCAACGGCUUCGAUGCAACUGCUGCAUCCCGCCAACCAGACCCAUCCCGUCUAGUUUCAGCCUACUUCCACUCCGCCGCAACCCUCAACUAUCUCCGCGCCUCUCUCUCCUCAGGCCUAGCCGACCUUCACUCCCCCUGGACUGGGUACAGCAAAACCGUGCGUGCAGUGAAAGACGCUCUACGAUUCAUGCAAACCGUAGGAAUCGACAACGACCGCGGCGUCGAAACAGCAGACAUCUUCACCAGUCACGAAGGUCUCUCCCUGGAAUACGAGCAGAGUCUAGCCCGACUCCUCCGCCACCCAGCGCAGCCCGGAAGCACCGCAGCCCCGGAAUCAGGCUACUACGCCACCUCCAGCCACUUCCUCUGGAUCGGCGACCGAACACGCCAACUCGGCGGCGCACACGUCGAGUUCUUCCGCGGGAUCGCCAACCCCAUCGGAAUCAAGAUCGGACCCAGCAUGGCGCCGGAAGAGCUGGUGCAAUUGCUGGAUGUCGUCAACCCGGAUCGUGAGAUUGGAAAGGUGACUCUGAUCUCGCGGUACGGCGCCGCGAAGAUCGCUGAUUUCUUGCCUGGCCAUAUUGCGGCUGUACAGGCCUCUGGCCAUAUUCCUGUUUGGCAGUGCGAUCCUAUGCAUGGUAAUGGGCAGAGCACGCCUUCUGGUGUGAAGACGCGCCACUUCACGGAUAUCUUGUCUGAGUUAAAGCAGGCAUUGGAGAUUCACCGCGCUGCAGGCUCGUUCCUCGGUGGUAUGCAUCUUGAGCUGACUGGUGAGGCUGUCACUGAGUGUGUGGGUGGUGCGGCUGGGUUGACUGAAGAGGGGCUUGGAGAGCGAUACACAACAUUCUGCGACCCCCGCCUGAAUGAAAAGCAGGCCUUGGAGCUGGCUUUCUUGGUCGCUGGAUUCUACCGUGAAGAACACGAGGACUAA